GAUAAAGAGGGAUUAGAUGCUCUAACUGGUAUAUCUUGGAAUCACUCCGGGACUCUCGUCUUCAUUUACAAUCCAAAAAUUCGUCAAGAUGUCGGACAAACAACGCCGCAGUUCCGCAGGAGGGAUCUCCUUCAAGGAACACUCGACAGGAAGCGCAGUUCUCAUACCCAAUCAUUUAUAUCCUAAGCUGGGGAAUCCUGUUCCUCUUGGGCUUUUCGGCUUUGCGACAACAGCAUUUGUUACGGCAUUAUAUCAGUGCGGGGUUGGCCUCCCAGACUCCAACCCUUUAGGAGACGUUGGCGGUUCUGAAGCUGCCUUUGGGUUAGCUGUCUUUUUUGGUGGAAUGGCACAGGUCAUUGCUGGCAUUAUGGCAUUCACUACCGGCAAUACUUUUGGCACCACGGCCCACAUCGCGUACGGUUGUUUUUGGCUUAGUUUUGCGAUGUUCAUGGUCCCUUCUUUGGGUAUCAAGAAUGCCUAUGUAGGCAAUCAGCGGGCUUAUUCCUUUGCGAUGGGGAUUUAUCUACUCUUCUGGUGUGUCCUGAGCAUAAUGUUCCUUGUCGCUUCGCUGAGGACCAACUACGUGACCAUCGGUGUCUUUGUCUUCCUUGUGCUCGCUUUCUUCUUCCUCUCGCUUUCCAAGUUCAUCGAGACUAGCAGUAUGGCCAAUGCUGUGCGGUUGAAUAAGGUUGGAGGCGCAUGCACAUUCCUGUGUGGCCUGGGCGCUUUCUAUAUGGGUGCAUCUGAAUUGAUGGUCCCGGAGACAACGUUUGUGCGUUUGCCGCUGGGAAUGAUCGCACCACCCGCGGUGAGCCCUGCUGUGUAGUUAAGGUAGCGUGAUUUCGCCCCUCGAUGCCGGCACAAAGUGGCCCCAGAUCGGAUGUUGUCGGUUGGAGGCAACAGGCGGCUGCUCAACCUUGGAGUCUUGCACCCAACUUCCACAAAACUAGCACGAUGACCUGAGAUAUGAUACAUGCGAGUAGUUACAUGGAGCAUCAAUCAUGUGAUACAUUGUCAGUUCCUUCACGUCCCCUGCGAAAAGAUUGAAGCUGGCAACCUUUUUCUCUAUGAAAGUUCCCAAAUCCCAUUUGUAUUUCUACACCACAACAACCACAUCGAUUAGCUUAUUUCUAUCCCUCUUUUCUGAUGUCUGUUAUUUUACUUCACAAAACAGCUCUCUAACCUCCGGUUCUACUAAUAUAUAAUAAAAUGUUUGUCCAAU